GAGGCUGAUGCUGCUAACACACACACGCACGCACACACACACACACUUAGCUACAGUGAAGCUAACUGCUGUUAGCAUGCUGAAGAAACAAGCCUAACAUACACACACACACACACACACACACACAGCAAUGCAGUGUCGGGGGCUUCCUAUUGGACGAUGGACUUAGACCUUUGAUAGACAGCUCACUGGGCUGGGCGGAGCCUGCAGGUUGAGGCGGUGAUGUCAAAGCGAGGAGGGGGGCGGGGAAAGGGGGAGCGACCAGACGCCAUGGCAACCCUUCAAGCAGCCAAUGAGGAGCUGAGAGCCAAAUUGACAGACAUUCAGAUUGAACUGCAACACGAGAAGAACAAGGUGAGUCGUCUGGAGCGGGAGAAGAGUCAGGAGCUGAAGGCGGAGCAUCACCGGGCGACGGUGGCUCUGACGGAGCUGAAGACUAAACUCCACGAGGAGAAGCAGAAGGAGCUGGCCGUUACCAGGGAGACGUUACUACGGCAACACGAGAUGGAGCUGAUGCGGGUGAUUAAGAUCAAAGACGGAGAGAUUCAGCGUCUCAACGGACUCGUCCUGACGCUGAGGGACGCGUCCACUGACAAGGUGAGGAGCGCUCUGCUGGCAGAGGCGGAGGAAGCGAGGCGGGGCUGGGAGGUGGAGCGUUGUCGCCUCCAGCAGGAAGUCCUGGAGCUGCGUAAGUCCAAGCGCUCGCUGGAAGACGCUCUGACAUCAUCACAGCAGGCGGGUCAGGCCCGAGCAGCCGAGCUCCGCUCCGCUCAUCAUCACCACCAGGAGGAGCUAAACCGCACUAAGAGAGACUGUGAGAAGGAGGUCCGCCGCCUGAUGGAUGAGAUUAAGUUGAAGGACAGAGCGGUCAGUGUUUUGGACAAAGCUCUGGGGCUGCAGGCUGGCCACGCCCACCGCCUCCAGCUGCAGACUCAGGCGGCCGAGCAGCAAAUCGCAGUGCUGAGAGACGCCCAGAGGGCGGGCACUAACCACACCCCUAACUCCACCCCUAACACUACUCCUCACAUUUCUCAGGAGGAUCGUGACACUCGCAGGUUUCAGUUAAAAAUCGCUGAGCUCAGCUCUGUCGUCAGGAAACUGGAGGAUCGAAACGCUCUGUUGUCUGAAGAACGCAACGAACUGGUAACACACACAGACAGACACACACAGACACAUACACACACACACACA